AUGGAUAAGGAGGACGGCCUGGGUUUUUCGUGCAGCGGUCAACGCUUCUCGACUUUGGCCUACGCCGACGAUCUGGUCCUGUUCAGUCGUUCGGCAGAAGGCCUGGUCGAGGUGUUGUCGGCCGUCGAAGAGCACAGGCACGCGGACGACGUUAAGACAUCGUUGCGGAAAUACGACGAGGCAAUAUGCGCGCUGUUAAAGCGCGCGAUGUGGAUGCCGCCGAACGCCUCUACCUUGUGGAUCUAUGGAGACCGGCAGAAAGGGGGUUGCGGCCCCCCUCCUUCCGGAGAUGACCACGCCCUGCUCAGAGUGUCGAAGGCCUUUAGACUUCUCUGGACCGACUCCCCAAAGGUCAAGACGCACGCCAUCACGGGGCUCCGACACACGGUCUCAGCACCUGAGGGACGCUUCCAAAGCGGACCUCCGCGACUUCCUCAACGGGGCUGA